CGGCGGCAGCGGGCGGGCGGCGCAUUGUGCGCGGCGGCGGCGGCGGGGCCGGGCCGGGGCCAUGGAGCGCUGGACCGGGCGCGUCGCGCUGGUCACCGGCGCCUCCGUGGGCAUCGGCGCGGCCGUGGCGCGGGCGCUGGUGCAGCACGGCAUGAAGGUGGUGGGCUGCGCCCGCAGCGUCGACAAGAUCGAGAAACUGGCGGCUGAAUGCCAGAGUGCCGGCUAUCCAGGGACCCUCAUCCCGUACAAGUGCGACCUCUCCAACGAAGAGGAGAUCCUGUCCAUGUUCUCCGCCAUCAAGACCCUUCACCAAGGCGUUGAUGUCUGCAUCAACAACGCGGGGCUGGCUCGCCCGGAGCCCCUGCUCUCGGGGAGGACGGAGGGCUGGCGGACGAUGAUAGACGUCAACGUGAUGGCUGUAAGCAUCUGCACCCGGGAGGCCUACCAGUCCAUGAAAGAGAGAAACAUCGACGAUGGGCAUAUUAUUAACAUUAACAGCAUGAACGGCCACAGUGUUGUGCCGCAGUCCGUGGUGCAUUUCUACAGUGCCACCAAGUACGCGGUGACAGCCCUCACGGAGGGGCUGAGGCAAGAGCUCCGAGAAGCCAAGACUCAUAUACGAGCUACAUGUAUAUCUCCAGGACUGGUGGAAACGGGCUUUGCUUUUAAACUUCAUGAUAAUGACCCCGAGAGAGCUGCCGCAACCUAUGAGAGCAUUCGGUGUCUCAAAGCUGAAGAUAUGGCUAACGCUGUCAUCUACGUCCUCAGUGCCCCCCCCCAUGUACAGAUUGCAGAUAUACAGAUGAGGCCCACGGAGCAGAUAUCGUAGCGAAUGAAGAGGACCGUGAGCAGCACCGUGUCUCCACUCCACUUCGAACCCUCUGGCAAUUCAGGGUUUCGUCGGCUGGCUGGCAACCUUUUAAUCAAGUACCAAGGAUCAUGUUGAAGAACUGUUUUUCUCUCCCUCUCUCUGAGCUGGUGCUGGUGCUGAGCCAGUUUAAGAAAAAGUCGUAGUGGGUCUCGUUUCUCCCCCACUCCUUUCUGAAACUGCUUAAGAGUAAAAAGCAUCUGAAAAUAAUGCAGGGAAGUGGUUUGUGGAAGAUUGUUGUCUCCAGGCUGGUUUAUUCUUCCUUUUGCUUUCUUUUCAAGGUUUGUUUGAUCUGAUUUGCUGAUGCUGUGUCUGGACACAGGUGAAGCGGCACGAGGUGUUUGCCGGCUUCAGCGUGUGUAGGGUUUGAGAUUUUCAAUGGAUGUCGUACAUGAAUCCAUCUAAUUUUGGGGCUUAUUUUCAUCAGGUUGAUUACUGAUGGUAAUGACGCAUGUGAUAUUUUCUACGCCUUUCAUACUCCACUGCCCUAAGCCCAGUGUACAAUCUCACCUCCCCAAACCCUCCUUUCCCAUUCAUAUGAAUCAUGCCUGCCAGGUUUGAGGAGUAUAAGUGUGUGUGCUUGCUAUUUCUUUCUUUCUAGGUAGGUAGGUAGAUAGUUGGAGGAAAAGUACCUGUACUUUUGCAGGUUAGAACGAUCAUCUAAGUGGCAUAGUUACAGUAAGAGCGAGUUGUUUGGUAUUUUUAAUAAAAACUAAAUGUGUGCUGUCUUGUGAUCACCUCUAUCCUUGGUAUCAUCUCCCAGCACUCUCGAUGUUUUUGUACGUGAUAUUUGCAUGCAUUGACACUUUUCUGGAAAUAUUGAUCAGUCUUAGAAAGAUGUAUGGUGCUGUUUAAAUGCUGGUGCUGAUGAGCUGGAAAUGUUGAAAGUUUGUUUAUAUGCAGAGGUACAAAUUCAGAGAGAGAGAGAGUGAAAUGAAGCAUGCUGAAGCUGUCCAAAGCGAGAAGAUAUUAGUGGGGCGCUUGCCUACAAAGCAGCAGGUGAGAGGUCUGGUUGAGAUCUCGUCCUAGUUCUGUGCUGGUGUAGCCCCGUUGUUUAGCUCUGGGUUUAUUGUAACCGGAGGGAGAAGCAGAUCGGCCUCGAAGCUGGGACACACAGAGCUGGGCACCGCUGGGGUGUCUCCAGCCCCUUGUGGCACAGCAGGAACAUGUUCCCUGUGCCGUGUGGCUCACCACAGGGCUGCGUGGCUGCUCACGAACGCAUUGCCUUGACAUUGCGGACCCGCUCCUGCUGCGCGCUGGACUUCCUGUGGUGUUUUGAAGGUGGAAUAGUUGGUUUUGGUGGAGUGGGUACGGUUGGUUGAUCGGAGUGGAGGAUUAGGAGCCGGAGAAGCUUGGGUUGGAUGGUUUUGCUUGCACCAGUACAGCUCUGUGGGAGUUCACCUGUGUUACACCACCAUAAGGGAGACCAGAAUUGGGCCACUAUGUUAUGAGUUUCAACUCCCUGUAUAGCCUUGGGCAAGUCACUUUACCUCUCUGCCUCAGUUUCCCCAUCUGUAAAAUGGGGAUAAUAAUACUUACCUACCUCACAGGGGUGUUGUGAGGACUCACAAACGUUUUGUAAAGCACUUUGAAUAUGAGAAGCGCUAUGUAAGUGCUGGGUGUUGAUAUGAAGUAUUAUUAUGAAUUGAAUCUCGUGGUACGUAGAAUUCCUUGUGCCAAAGGUGAGUAACUGUAGAAGGAUACAAGGAGACAACUGGUGAAACAUUCCUUUGUAAUGACAAAACAAAGCAAUUUGCCCCUUUUUUUCUUCUUCAUGAAUAGAUGCUCAUGACGUGUUCUAUCCGUUUCUCAUCUGCCACCGGUUUUUACUGGCAAGUACCCAUGGUCUUGUCCCUGGAUUUGGCCUUUUAACUGACUGAGAGAGAAAUUCGUAGGGUUGCUUUUGCAGGAGAUUGUUGAAGUUCAGCAGAUGCGCUGUGCAGUGUUUGCCGUUUUAGGAGAAGGUGGUUGAACUGGGAAGCCAAGAAAGAGAAAAGUUGAGAAAUUAGGAACUUCUGAGCAGCAAACGAAUGAGGCAUUUGGGUAGCACUGGUGAAACACCUGAACUGGUGUCUGCAACUGUGUUGGAUGUUAAGCCGAUGUUGAAAUGCUUGGCCGAGGAGGGACCUGGCUUAUCUUUCUGCUCUGUGGAAGGAGGAUUCAGAGGGAAUUGCUCAAGAUGUAGGGCCUUGAAAAAGAGUAUUUGCUCCCUGCAGAUACAACCCGGCUGACCUGCAGCCCUGGAAGUUGGGUUUAUUUUCCUCCCCAAGAACAUUUGUAACAUUUGCUAGUCUAUAAACUAACUUUGAAAUGAUAUCCGGUAUAUUUUUCCAUUUCAAAUGUGUGUUUUUAGGGGAUAGUUCCUGCUGCCCGUUGCCUUCCCGCAUGAAGCGCGGCCUCCGGAGGGGUUUGUUGGGGUAGUGUGGUCGCUCUGCCCCUCGAGCCAUCGUCCCGGGAUGAGAUGGGAUUGGCAGCACAACUCUGAGGCGUUUUAAAACUCUGUAAUUUAUCAGUAGGAUCCUAAUUGUGAACUGUAAAAUAAAGAAUAAAAAGAGAGGCACACUGUGGUU